AUGACGUCUGAAUUGAAUUUUGAGUAUAGAAAUGAAGACUCAAUUGAUCGUUUACUUAAAUGUCGAAUAUGUUCAAAACCAUUUAUUGAUCCAGUAAUCACAAGAGAUGGUAGUCGAUUUUGUCGUAAAUGUAUCACUGAAAAAGCAUCUGUCAAUGAUUCUAAAUAUCUUGAAAGGCAAUCAUCAUUUAUUGAAGAUUUAGUUCCUGUUGAAGAAAAAAUUCUUCUUGAUAUGCUCGAUAGUCUUCAUGUCAAAUGUAAACAAUGUCAACAAACCAAUAUUCGUCGAGUUCAUUUAGAAGAUCAUAUUCCUAAUAAGUGUCCAAAAAGAAUUGUUUUAUGUAAAGCGUCUGAUUUAAAAUGUCCAUGGAGUGGACCAUAUGAAGAACGUAAUAAUCAUUUAAAACAAUGUACUUUUCAAUUAUUAAGACCUAUUUUAACUGAAGCUUUACUAUCUCAUAAACAAUUAGAACAAUAUAAAAACUCUUAUGAUGAACAACGACAUGAAAUUGAACAAUUAAAAACAAAAAUUAAAAUAUAUGAAGAUCGAACUGAAAAAUUACAAAAAGGACAUACAAUAGUUUUAGAAUUAUUAACACAACAAACUCGUCGUUGUGCAUCAUUAGAAAAAGAUAUUCAACAAAUUCAAGAACAAUCGCACAAACAAAAUAUUCAACCAAUUGAAUUAAUAAAAGAAAUUGAACAACUGAAAGAACAAUAUCAUCAGAUAAAUAUUCCUCCGAAUGGAUUUCAAACUGAAUUUGAUCGAUUAAAUCAACUUGAACAAUCUAUUGAUGAUUUAGCAAAGAAAUUUCAACAAUUAAAUGAACAAUAUCAAAAACAACCAUAUGAAAAUCAACAAUCUCCAAAUGAAAGUCAACAAUUAAAAGAACAAUUUAAUCAACAAAUGAUUCAACUUAAUCAAUGUCAAUUAGAAAUAAAUCAACUACAAAAAGAAAAUAAAUCUCGAAAAACUGAAAUCACGCAAGUCGAACAAAAAUGUAGUCAACAUGAAAUAGAAAUACACUUAUUGGCUAGAAAAAAAUGUGCUUUGCCAACAAAUGUCACACCUUACGACGGAAAAAUUGAACAAUUGAUUGAAUCAUUUGCAUCUGAUUCAGAAAUUUAUCUAGAUGGACAACAAUUGAACGAUCGAGAUAUGGAACUUGUAUGUAAAAAAUUGAUUAUCGAUAAACGAUGUAGCAAACUUCGAUUAGAAUAUAAUGAUAUUUCUGCCAAUGGUGCUACAAUUUUAGCUGAUGGUUUAUAUGGUAAUACAACUCUAGCAGAAUUACAACUUUCUCACAAUCGUAUAUCGGAUAUGGGUACACACGCUCUAGCACAAGCUCUUACUAUUAAUAAUGUCACACUUGAUUGGCUUGAACUUCAUUCGAAUAGUAUUACAGAUGAAGGGGCUGAAUAUUUAGCAGAUAUGCUCAAAAGAAACAAAACAAUAAUAUUAUUAGGUUUAGGUUCUAAUCGAAUUGGUAAUCGUGGUGUUCGAUUAUUGGCCAGUGCAAUUGCAGGUUACAACGAAACUCUUCAAUGGUUACAUCUUGCUUCGAACAAAUUAAUAACUGAUGCAUGUGUUAAUGAUCUUAUCGAAAUGCUUAAACAAAAUCAGUCACUAAACGCACUUGGGUUGAAUGAUUGUAGUUUGUCUAAAGAUGCUGCAGACAAACUUCGACAAGUAGCCAAUUCGAAAAUAAAUUUUACUUUAGAAAUUUAA